GCAGACACAUUCCCUUGAUGCUGGGUGAACCAGCCACACAAAGAGAUAAUGCAACAUCCCAACCGUCAAGGCCAUUCUUUGCUAUCUUCCGUUUGUGUGUUGGCAACUAAUAGCUUUGGCUUGCAGACUUACCUCAGACCCAGAUAGCGGCAGAGCCAGACUAAUACGUGUGAGAAUAAAGAAAGUCACAGAAAAAAAUUGAAUUUUCUGGGGCUAAUUGGACCUCUAUAUUUGUAGAAAAUCGGAACCAGUUUUAUUUGCUACGCGUGGAAGGUAUUUUGCACCCAAAAGUGUCAAGUCAAGUGGUUGUCAGUAAACAGUGCGGUCAUGGUGUCCUGUGCUCUCUUUAUCCUGGGACCUCUGUGGAUCCACGUGCUGACACAAGCCUGCAGCGGAGAGGAGCUGGCCCGGGAAGCGGUGUUGUCCUGGUUCAGAGAGCGGGUUCUGGAGGGCCUCGGUCUGGAGGAGCCUCCUCUAGUGCGUGGUCCUGAUAGGGACACGGCCCAGCCAGAAGCAAGGCGUGCAACCCUGAGGGCCCCCAGGACAAGCAGGACAGCGUGGGUCAACCAUCAAACCAGUCCGACCAAAGAAACAUCUCAAAUUAUUCUCUUUCCCAGCUCUGACUCAUCCUGUGCCAGACCUGACUCAGCUCCUGGAAAAACCUCCAACAGCCACUUCACAUAUUACUUCCAGCCCUCCAUGAACAACCACGAGACCCUAGUCACAUCUGCCCACUUCUGGUUCUAUGCAGGCAAAGGAGCCUCGGCCAACUCCUCCGCCCAGCUGUUCAUUCUCACUUCAGGACAGCAGCUUCUUCGGGCGGCAGAGGAUCCGUCAAAGACGAGCCCAGAUGGAUGGACCACCUACUACCUGGAUCAAACCCUUUUUGCCUCUCUGUGCGAGGGCCCUUUUCUGCUCCAGGUCCGCUGUCCCGCCUGUCAGUGCCACACCAACGAACCAGACAAGACGCCCUUUCUUCAUCUCCACACUCAGCCUCGUGGUCCUGUCCGCUCCCCCCGCCAUGCACCAGUGACCAUUCCCUGGUCUCCUUCUGCCAUCGACCUGCUCCGGCGGCCCUCUCAGGAGAGACCUCUGCACGACGACUGCCACAGAGCAGAGAUUGAGAUCAGCUUCGAGGAGCUGGGCUGGGACAACUGGAUCGUCCAUCCAAAGCUGCUGACUUUCUACUACUGUCAUGGGAACUGCUCAGCCUGGGAUCGAACCUCCGCCAUGCUGGGGAUCACACAGUGCUGCGCUCCGGUCCCAGGGACCAUGAAGUCCCUGAGGAUCACCACGACAUCUGACGGCUGGUACUCGUUCAAGCAUGAGACCUUGCCCAACAUUAUACCUGAAGAGUGUUCUUGUAUCUGAACAUUUUAGCUUAAAAGUAGCCUGUUCCCUAAAU